CAAAUGAACUCAAGUAUAGUUGUCCCGCGUCCAUUUUUCAUUUACAUUUGGUACCCCGUGGUUCCAUAAUUUUCGUCCGGGUCGCUAUGUGGAAACUGGAACGACUUCUGGCAGAAUUUGUGCUGGCAAUCAUGUGUUUUCCGUUUGGGAAGCACUCUUGAUGAAGAGCUGACGAAGGCCGAAUUAUGAAUCAACUCGUAAGUGAUGUUGAAAAUGCAAUUCGUAGCAAAUUUGAAGGAACAUCAGCGCCAUCCAGUGCCUGUAAAUCGGGCAAAGAGGUAGUAAGACACCCCCAGACCCAAGCUGAAAGAAUGGCAGUUCUUGGACAAAAUGUUUGCUACAUUGUGACUGCGGUUGUUAUCAACGAGGGGCGCGUUCUGAUGAUGAGAGAAGCUAAGAGAUCUUGUCGAGGAACAUGGUAUUUACCUGCUGGUAGAGUCGAAAAGAACGAGUCUCUCGAAGAAGGCGUAGUGAGAGAAGUAUUAGAGGAAACUGGACUUGCUUUUCAACCAGUAUCAAUUAUUUGCAUCGACUCUCAAGGAACCUUCUGGUUUCGAUUCACUUUCGUGGGCUGCAUAACGGGAGGAAAGCUUAAAACUUUGGAUGAACAGGACAAGGAGUCGAUGGAAGCGGGCUGGUUUCCGGCUGAAGAAGUGUUUACUUCUCUGCCAUUAAGAGCAAGGGACAUUUGCCCGUUGAUAGAUCUUGGGCUGAAAUGGUAUGAAACUAAACAAGAACAGACCAUUUGUAGACUGCUUCCUGCAAAGAAUUCCCAGGGACAAGUUACUGUUCGCCUGUUGGCUGUUAAAAGAGUUGAAAAAGAUGAUGAAAAAUCGCUUUUUUGUCUGGUGUGCCACAACUCUACUGGUGAUGGUAACCACAACUGUCAUCCUUAUUUUCCAAGCAAGUCUGUGGGUAUAGAUGGCUCAAAUAUCACUCAUGUUGUUGACCAGCUUAUCAAAGAUUUUGACAGUAACCUACACUACAAAAAACAUGGCUACGUUACUGUUGAACACACCGGAAAGCCUCAUGGAGAAGCAGAUGGAGUAUGUCUUACCGUUCUUGUAGAGGUGUUUCCAGCAGUUGAGGAGGGAAGUUUGAAAGGAAAAUAUCAGUGGUUUAAAGUAGAAGAAAAAUCCUUGACAGAAAAUAUUUGGAAACUCAUAGAUGUUAAGGGUUUUGUUGAGUUUGUGGAAUCUUAAUUUACAGCCUUUGCUUGAAGGAGGGUCGGGGGGUGAUUACAACAAAGGAUCAGCAGAUUCUGACAGUAUUUUUGGAUUCAUAGCAAAAGCUUAACCCUGUAACUCCCAUGAGUGACCAAGACAGAAUUUCUCCUUACAAUAUCAAUGAAACAUUAACCAGAUAGGUGAUGAGAAUAAAGAAAAAUAUCAAUUUGGGGACAAUUAGUUGAUUGAAUACUAAAUUCUCUGAACUAAUAUUAUAAGAAUUAUUUGGUAGAUAGUGAGGAGAAUUACAAAUUUGAUCUG